AUGCCAUCAUUCAAGGAACGUUUUCGAUCAUCACGUAAAUAUAAGAAAAACAAAGAUGCAGCUGCGAGUGGAACCGAUGAGAAUGCAACUGGUUCCGAUGACCAUAGUGGUUCUGGAGCAUCAUCGAGUCACUACUCAGUUGAUUAUCACAGCAGUCUUUUGUCUGUUAUGCAGGCGCUUCGAGACCGUAUAUCAUCGAAAUUAAGUGACAAAUCCAAAAAAGAUAAGGAUGGAUCGUCACUUAAGAGUAGUACGUCCGUUGACGGUAAAAGUUCAACAAUGAGCGAAGCACAUCAUCAUCCCAGUUCGUCAUCGUCGUCAACAUCUCCUCAGGCUGCUGCUGCCUAUGCUCAAUCGGCUGAAAGAGAAAUGUGUGCUGCUGCUGCCACCACUAUUAUUCCUUCAGACGGUUCGAGUUUAAAAGCUUUUUUGGCCAAAGCAAAAGAUGAAUUCGCAUCGAAAUACGAUAAACCAAGUCAGGUAAGAUACUUCCAUAGAAUAACAUCUAUCCUAUCGACGACGUUUUGA